UGUCAGUUACAACGCAUGGUGAUGACGUCACUCACGGAAAGCCUUUUUGACGUUCUUUUCUCUUUUCCUCAGGGCUUGCAUACGCUUCCCGAGUUCAACAGACGAGUGAGCGUGCUACUUCUUUGUGCAAAGUCAGCGUGUAUCCAUAAGAGUGUUUCCUGCUCUUUUACAAAAAACCACUCUCCUUUAGGAAAUAUGCGUGAGUGUAUCUCAGUGCACGUUGGACAGGCUGGUGUUCAGAUUGGCAAUGCCUGCUGGGAGCUUUACUGCCUGGAACAUGGAAUCCAGCCCGAUGGACAGAUGCCCAGUGACAAGACAAUCGGAGGUGGGGACGAUUCCUUCAACACUUUCUUCAGUGAGACCGGAGCGGGAAAGCACGUUCCCAGAGCUGUCUUUGUGGACCUGGAGCCCACAGUCAUUGACGAGGUGCGCACAGGAACCUAUCGACAGCUCUUCCACCCUGAACAGUUAAUUACUGGCAAGGAGGAUGCAGCCAACAACUACGCCCGUGGCCACUACACCAUCGGCAAAGAGAUCAUUGACCUGGUGCUCGACAGAAUACGUAAACUGGCUGACCAGUGCACUGGCCUUCAGGGAUUCCUGGUUUUCCACAGCUUUGGGGGCGGUACCGGCUCCGGGUUCACCUCCCUGUUGAUGGAGCGCCUGUCUGUGGACUACGGCAAGAAAUCCAAGCUGGAGUUCUCCAUUUAUCCGGCACCACAGGUGUCCACGGCUGUCGUGGAACCCUACAACUCGAUCCUGACCACGCACACCACCCUGGAGCACUCUGACUGUGCCUUCAUGGUGGAUAAUGAGGCCAUUUACGACAUCUGCCGCAGAAACCUCGACAUGGAGCGUCCCACAUACACCAAUCUGAACAGAUUGAUCAGUCAGAUCACUUCCUCUAUCACGGCUUCCCUUCGUUUUGACGGCGCCCUCAAUGUCGACCUGGCAGAGUUUCAAACCAACUUGGUACCGUACCCUCGUAUCCACUUCCCUCUGGCUACCUAUGCCCCCAUCAUCUCCGCUGAGAAGGCUUACCAUGAGCAAUUAACUGUUGCUGAUAUCACUAACGCCUGCUUUGAGCCUGCCAACCAAAUGGUGAAAUGUGAUCCUCGUCAUGGCAAGUACAUGGCCUGUUGCCUUUUGUAUCGUGGCGAUGUGGUGCCCAAAGAUGUAAAUGCUGCCAUUGCCACGAUCAAAACCAAGCGCACCAUCCAGUUUGUGGACUGGUGCCCCACUGGUUUUAAGGUGGGAAUCAACUACCAGCCACCCACUGUGGUUCCUGGUGGAGACCUGGCCAAAGUUCAGAGGGCCGUGUGCAUGCUGAGCAACACAACGGCCGUCGCAGAGGCCUGGGCUCGGCUGGACCACAAGUUUGAUCUGAUGUAUGCCAAGCGCGCUUUUGUUCACUGGUAUGUGGGGGAGGGAAUGGAGGAGGGAGAGUUCUCUGAGGCCAGGGAGGAUAUGGCGGCUCUGGAGAAGGACUACGAGGAGGUUGGGGCAGACUCUGUUGAUGAUCAGGGAGAGGAAGGAGAGGAAUAUUAAGAAGUACAAAGGAACUAAAAUACAGGAAAACAAUGCUUGCUUAAUUCCUCUGUGAUCCUGCAUGUAUUUGUUGACUAUCAGAAAAUAAGUUGAGUUGGGCCACUCGAAAAGUUAACUACCCCACAUUCCCUUUCUUUUUUCAAAUCAGUUACGUAUUUUGGACACAAUUGCCAAUUAAAGAUUAUUACCAACCUUG